ACGGCCUUACUUAUAAUCACUAAAGUUAAGACACAGUUAAACUACGUAUUAAAAAAUAUUUUAACUCAUAAACGAUGAUUAACGCUAAUUAAUGUCUUAGCGACUGCUUAAAUAGCUGUCAACUUAAUCAGUGACGAACCCUUGUUUAAAGACCUUAAUUACCAAAAUGGCGUCCGAAAUUCGUAUAAGUCACAGCUGUGGUAUAUUUCAACAAUAACACCACAUGCAAACUUCGCAUUGAAUUGUGUUCUGUUUGCUGGGCUUUGUUCCGCUACUUAGGAAAGUGAAGUGGAUAAAUAUUAAAAAAUGGAUAUAUUUGACGACGAUAAUGAAUUACGCACAUACCGUGACGAGAUAGAAGAAAUAAGAAAUUUCAGGAAUAUUGGUUCAAGAAGGAGAGUAAAAAUAUAUAAUUCAAGAUCGAACCCAAUGGAGGAAUUGAGUGAAAGCGACUUCAAGCAUCGCUACAGAUUCAGUAAAGAAAAUAUGGUAAAAAUUAUAAAUAUCUUAAGAAACGACUUGUCCAUGGAUAGCCGGGGCGGCAGUAUACCUGUGGAGUUGCAAGUAAUGGCAGCUAUAAGAUACUGGGGCCGCCAUGAGAUUCAAGAAGACUGUGCGGAAAUUCAUGGCAUGAGCCAACAGACUUUAUCAAGAACUGCUAAAAGAGUUGCUAUUGCAUUGGCUUCUAAAAGUUCCAUUUAUAUUAAAAUGCCUUCAAAUUUAAGAGAAGAGACUGAAACUAUUCGGAAAUUUGAAACAAUUUGUGGGUUUCCCCAUAUUACCGGUGCAAUAGAUUGCACCCAUAUUAAAAUAAGAAAAGUUGGAGGAGAUGUUGGUCAGUACUAUAUAAACCGUAAAGGACACUAUUCUAUUAAUACUCAAAUGGUGUGUAAUGCAGAUUUGAAGAUCUGUGAUAUAGUUUGCCACUGGAGGGGUAGUACUCAUGAUGCAAGAAUAUGGCGUGAGAGUUCCAUUAAAAGGAGAUUUGAAGAACGAGAAUUUAAAGGAAAACUUAUAGGCGAUGGUGGAUACCCUUGUACCCCAUAUUUACUGACUCCAGUACUGAGACCCCGCAACGAAGCAGAACGGCGGUACAACUAUAGCCACUUUCGCACCAGGAACGUAAUUGAGAGAUGUUUUGGUGUACUUAAGGCAAGGUUUCGGAUACUUUUGGAAAUAAUGAGAGGGUCUUUUAAUACGAUUAAAACGACAAUUGUUGCAUGUGCAGUAUUGCACAAUUUAGCAAUUGAAUUUGACGACACUUUAAGUUAUGAAACCCCUUACACAGACAGUGAUGAAGACACUGAGGCCAUUGAACAGGACUCUAAUAAUUUGACACACAUAACCAGAAACAUUUUUAUUGAGAAUUUCUUUUAAAAUACAAAUAUAUAGUUUUAUUUAAA